AAUUUAUACACGCAUAAUAUAAUGUAUGUACAUAGUUUAUAUAAAAUACUUAAUCCGACAUUGUACACUAUUGAUUUAAGACUAUUUAAAUAUUAACAUUUAAACUUUCUGCUUGAUAUUGAAUAAUAGUCUAAAGAAAUGUGGAAAUCCAGAAUAUAUUUUGGAAUUUGACGGUUCGGAUAUAAAGCAGAUUAUCGGGAGUGCAGGUCGAAGAUUCAGGCAUUGCCCAUGGUUACACUUAUAGUGGGAAAACUUAGCAAUGGAAAAAAAUGUAAAAUUAUUUCUCUCAAUGAUAUAGUUAAUUCUGAAAAUCAUACUGAAUUUGAAGUUAAUUCUCGUAAGAAUAUAAAACCUGGAGAACCAAAAUGGGCUAAUUAUGUUAAAGGAUGUGUAGCAAAUUUUAUUUGUGAUGUGCCACCUUUUAAUGCUAUUAUUUUGUCUACUGUACCAGUUGGUGCUGGUUUAAGUAGUUCAGCUGCUUUGGAAGUUGCUAUUUAUACAUUUUUGGAAGCAUUAACUGGUAUAGAAUCAGAAAAGCCAGAAGAUAAAGCAAUAGCUUGUCAACGAGCUGAACAUGAUUUUGCUGGAGUUCCAUGUGGCAUCAUGGAUCAAUUUAUUUCUGUGAUGGCCAAAGAAGGUUAUGCUCUUCUUCUUGAUUGUAAAGAUCUUAGUACUAAACAAAUACCUAUAUCAAAAAUAAAUGAUUAUAUCUUUCUAAUUACUAACUCUAAUGCGCCUCAUAAAUUAAGUUCAAGCGCAUAUUGUGAGCGUAGAGAUUGUUGUUAUGAAGUUGCAAAAAAAUUAAAUAAAAAAAGUUUACGUGAAGUAUCUAUGAGUGAUAUUCAAGUUUUAAAAUCACAAAAUGUACCUGAAGAAAUGAUAAAAAGAACUCGUCAUGUAGUUACAGAAAUUAAAAGAACAAUUGAUGCUGUAGAAGCUCUUGAAAAGGGAGAUAUCAAAAAAUUUGGAGAGUUAAUGAAUGAAAGUCAUGAUUCUUUAAAAAAUGAUUAUGAAGUGUCUUCAGUUGAAUUGGACACUUUAGUAAAAGCAGCAAGAGAAAUAAAUGGAGUUUUAGGAAGCCGUCUAACUGGUGCUGGUUUUGGUGGAUGUACAAUAACAUUAUUAAGAAAAGAUGUAAUUGAUCAAACAAUCAAUCACAUGAAAACAAAAUAUUCUGGAAAUGCAACAUUUUAUAUAGCAGAACCUGCAAUGGGUGCAAGAAUUUUAGACAAAAAUUAAAGAAUAUGAUAGUAAAAAAUUUCAUAUUUACAAAUAAAAUAGAUAUAAUAAUAAAAAAAAAACUCAAACUUUAUUUUUAUACUUAUAUUAAACUAACUAUCUUUAAUUUAAAAAAAAAUGAUAUACUCUUAAAAAUUUUGAUUUUUUUUUAUAGUAUAUCAUAUAAGAUUUAGAAUAAAAUGCUUAAAAAAAUUUUAAUUUUUUUUGAAAUAAUAUAUAAAGUAUUACAUAUUAUUAUAUGUUAUAUAUAAUAAUUUUUAAAUUGCAUGUACAAUAAUACAUGUAUAUAAAAAAUGCUACUGACAAAUUAUAUAAAUUUAUAUUCAUUUAUAAAUUUAUAUACAUAUUUCAUAAUCUUACAUAAUUAUAAUUUUAGACCCUUUUGACACAAUAUUCAUAACAUAAUUUUUCUUCUUAUAAUAUUUAAAAUUAAUAUAUUUAAUAUAUUUUCAUCAUUAAUAUGUAUUACAUACAUUCUUAGUAAUGAAAAGUUUUUAUUUUAUUUAUGUGAAAUUACAUACAUAUCAUCAUAUAAUGUAAUAUUGUAUCUAAAGGGUUAAUUGAUACUUAAUUACAAUAAUUAUUAAAACAUAUUGUUCCUCUUUAUUAUAAUAUUAUCUAUAUUGUUCGUUUUCGAGUUAAUAUAAUACUGAUAUGUAUAAAAUAAAAAAAAGGAGUACUUCUGGGACGGAA